GGCACCACGGCCACUGACGAGCAGUGGGCCGGCAGGGAGGCGGUCCGGAACCUGAGCGAGGAGCUCACCGACCUCGACGACGAGGCGCUGCGGGACCUGGAGUUUGACGUGGACGAGGAUAAUAAUAAUAAUACCAUCACCGCCUCGCCUGUCAACCCCGGCGCCAAGACAGAGGACGCACCGGCACCGCCGACACCGUCGCCGUCAAAGAAGAGAGCGGCCCCGGCCAAGCUCAGGAAGAGCUUGAGGUCUUCCACUAGGAGGAGAUAGGUACUCUUAGUUUUGUGAUUGGGUUGUACGGACGUAUGGGAUCGGGGUUUGAUUUUCCCUUUGCUGGCCUUUUUUCCUUCCUUCUUCUUCUCUCCUCCCUUUCCUUCCACUUUUUUCUUCCUUCUUUUCAUUUCUUUUUCCUUUCGGCUUGGGAAAGUGGGGACAACAGAUGGGGUGUUCUGCGUGCGUUUUUCUCUACUAUGCUUUACACACCCGUUAUCGCACACUGGCGGGCGUUUUCGAGAAUGGGCGUUCAGAUACGAUACGAUACACCUCUUUAUGUGUGAGAUAUACAUAGAGAUGUCGGGGGAGAUGUCCUGGGUCUCGCCUCUUCUUUUGCUCUCGUCACUUUAUUAUCCAACCCCCACCCUUAAUCAACCUUCCUUUUAUCUUCCAGCCUCUUUCCCCCUAUCUUACGCCGGCGAUUCUUAGGGCUUCAUCUCCAUGGGGAGCGCUGGCACGGAAAGAUGGGAUGGAAAGAAGGGAAGGGAAGGGAAGGGAAGUCGAUGGGGGAUAGGAUUGUAUCGGAAGGGAUGAGAGGAUGGAUGGACGGAUGGACGGAUGGGACGGAUGGACCUACAGUGUCGGAUGCGAAUCCGGGGAACUGCUUGCUAUUUGGGGAGUGGGAUUCGCUAUACCAGAUAUUCGUGUACACUGAUAAAUCGAACAUUCUAUUUUUGGCAUGCCGACUAGACCACGCAACUUGUUUCGCCUGGUGU